CAGCCCAGAAACGUGCAGCCUUUUAGUGAUGAAGAUGCUUCAAUUGAAACUAUGAGCCACUGCAGUGGCUUCAGUGACCCUGCUAGCUUCACUGAGGAUGGGCCUGAAGUUGAUGAAGAAGCCACUCAAGAAGACUUUGAAUACAAAUUGAAGGGAUUUAUUGAUCUUACGUUGGACAAGAGUGCAAAGACAAGACAAGCAGCUCUUGAAAGUCUGAAAAGUGCUUUUUCUUCUAAAAUACUGUAUGAAUUUAUCAUGGAAAGGAGAAUGACGCUAACUGAUAGCAUUGAACGCUGCAUAAAGAAAGGUAAGAGCGACGAACAGUGUGCAGCUGCUGGACUGGCGUGUCUUCUGUGUGUGCAGAUGGGGUCAGGAAUUGAGAGCGAAGAGAUUUUUAAAACCCUUGGUCCAGUUUUGAAGAAGAUUGUCUGUGAUGGAGCAGCCAGUAUCCAAGCCAGACAAGCUUGUGCAACCUGCUUAGGGAUUUGCUGUUUCAUCGUCACUGAUGACAUUAUGGAACUGUACUCUACUAUGGAAUGCCUGGAAAACGUCUUCUCAAAGGCCUAUCAGCGAGACAGAGACACUAAUGGUGUAUCGAGUACCCAUAAUACUGUGCUUCACAUCAGCGCUCUCUUAGCAUGGACACUGUUGUUGACCAUUUGUCCAAUGAAUGAGGUGAAGAAGAAAAUUGAAAUGCACUUGCAUAAACUUCCAAGUCUGCUGUCUUGCGAUGACCUCAACAUGAGAAUAGCUGCUGGAGAAACACUAGCCCUUCUCUUUGAACUGGCACGCGAAACAGAUGCUGAUUUCUUUUAUGAAGAUAUGGAACUUCUAACAGAGAAACUAAGAGCUCUGGCUACUGAUGGAAACAAGCACCGAGCCAAAGUAGAUAAAAGAAAGCAGCGAUCUGUCUUCAGAGAUGUUCUGCGAGCUGUUGAGGAGCGUGACUUUCCUACAGAGAUGGUUAAGUUUGGACCUGAGCGCAUGUAUAUUGACUGCUGGGUUAAAAAACAAACUUACGAUACUUUCAAGGAGAUUUUGGGGUCAGGGAUGCAAUAUCAUUUGCAGUCAAAUGACUUUCUUCGGAAUGUGUUUGAGCUUGGUCCACCAGUCAUGCUAGAUGCUGCAACUCUUAAAACAAUGAAGAUAUCCCGUUUUGAAAGGCACUUGUACAACUCUGCAGCAUUCAAGGCUCGGACAAAGGCUAGAAGUAAAUGUCGUGAUAAAAGAGCAGAUGUGGGGGAAUUUUUCUAGAUCUCCUUGUCCACGGGGUUCAAUUUUCACAAUUUAAAAUAGAUUUGUAACCUUU